UUUUUGUAAAAUCAAGUAUAUAGUGUCGCACGUUAAACCAUAAGAUAAAUCUUGCUCGUUUUAAUAUAAUUAUAUUUCACUCGAAAGGACAAAUAUAAUGAUGGAAAUUUGUCUUAAACAGCUCAUGUUUGUGCUGGUAUUAACAGCAACGCUGGCCGUAGAUGCUAAUGUAAGGAGAAAAUUAAGCGUGCUCGAAAAACGAAUUGGCUUGGUAGAAUUACGUAUGAAUACCGACAACGAACAGGCAAAUGAAAUGUUUACAAUGUUGCAACAAAAUUACGAGGACAUAAAUGAUUCUUUCCAUCAUCUAAAUGAUCAGAAGUGUCCUCAAAACAUGAAUGGGGAAGAAAAAGGUGAGAAGACAAAUGUAAAUACAAAAGAUAUCAUUGAAAUGCAGACUCAAAGUCAAAUGUUGGUGUCGCUUGGAAUCGAAAGCGAGAAAAAAUGGACAAGGGAUCAAGUUGGAAAACUUACUAAUCAGUUAAGUGAAUAUACCGAUUUGUUAAAGAGGCAGUGUUCAGAUCUUUCAAAUCAGAUUGAUUUACAAAAUGAUCAGGUGACAAAAAACUAUUCAAGACUCAAGGAUAUGAAUGACGCUGUUGUCAAGAAAAAUGAACAAAUGGAAGAUCAAAUGAAUUUGAAUCUCAAGAGGAUAGAAACGAUGCUAAACACACUGCAAACAGAAAUAGAAUCAUUAAAAGCUAACACUUUUUUUUGUCCAACAGGUUGGAUAAGAUUCCUAUCAUAUUGCUACUUGCUUGUAAAUGAGGGGAAGAAUUUCGAUGAAGCACGUGCUUAUUGUGAUUCUGUCGGGGCAUCUUUGGCAGACUUUACAAGUCAAACAGAAAAUUCUUUUGUCGUUGAAAAUUUACAAAUCGAUAGGAUGACGUGGAUUGGAAUCUCUGAUGAGGAGACAGAAGGAACAUGGGUUUCAUUGAGAACAGGUCAAUCUGCUAGUUUUACAAAUUUUAGACCAGGACAACCGGACGGAGGAACCCGCCAGAAUUGUGUAAUAAUCGGAAAUAACACCCCAGUUGAUGUGGAAUGACUUGGGAUGCUCCGGCAAAUUUCAAUCUAUUUGUAAAAUGUAUGCCAGCAUUUCUACAUAAGUGUGAUGAUAUACAUGUAUAUAUCGGUUGAAUGCAACAGGUAUAUGCUAAGGGAAAAGUAGGAGGUACCGAGGAAUUAUUAGUAUGCUAAGCUUGCUCCAUUGAUAAGAUAGCUGUACAUGUAGAAUAAUGAAAUACCUUUUUAACAAACCUCUCAUAUACCUCGUAUAUGUUUUUAUUAUGUAUUUCAAGGUUUACUUUGUAGUGAAAUAUAAUUUCUUAAUAAAUUUUCUUAAUAAUAUACUAAUGCAAUUUCCGGACGUGGCCGAAACUCGCAAAGAAUUAUGUUCGAUUUCAACAACCUUCAUUCCAUUGCCUUUUAUCAUUUUUGUUACAAUAAAUCUACUAUACAU